AUGCCAACAACAAAAUGCCUGAAGGAUUGCAAAAGAGGAGCUGUAUUUUGCAUGCUAUUUGCUUCCAUCUGCAGAGCCAUUUCCAGACAGAUUCAUUACUCCAUUCCUGAGGAAACCGAGAAAGGCUCUUUGGUGGGGAACAUUGCAAAGGAUCUGGGACUGGAUGCAAAAGACCUUUCAGACCGUGGGAUCCACCUUGUGUCCCAAGGAAGGAGUGAGUAUUUUGCUUUGAAUUAUAAGAAUGGCUAUUUGUACACCACAAAGAGAAUAGACAGGGAAGAGAUCUGUGGUUGGCAGGAGACAUGCAUCUUGAAUGCUGAGGUUAUUGUUGGGGAUUCCAUGAAAGUCUAUGGAGUUGAAGUGGAAAUCAUGGAUAUUAAUGACCAUGCCCCCACUUUCCAGUUAGAAACACUAAUUAUUAAUAUUAGUGAGAACACAGCACUGGGGUCCCGAUUUCCACUCUAUGAAGCUCAGGAUCCUGAUUUAGGAAACAAUUCUGUACAGGGUUACAAGCUUAGCAACAGUAGUCAUUUCUCACUGGUUGUAGAAACCUCAGUUAAGGGCAAACAGUAUGCAAAAUUAGUGCUGGAAAGGCCUCUGGACAGAGAAGAACUAGCCAGUCAAAAUCUUAUUCUCACAGCAUAUGAUGGAGGACAUCCUGCCAAGACUGGCACUACACAAGUUCAUGUGGUAGUUCUGGAUGCUAAUGACAAUGCACCCAUCUUUAGCCAACGUAUUUAUGAAGUUAGUUGGAGGGAGGAUAUUCCUAUUGGGACGACAGUAAUAAGACUAAAAGCAACUGACUUGGAUGAAGGAAUCAAUAAGCAAAUGAAAUUCUCAUUCCAUAAAAUUGCAGCAGAAACUUCUCACCUAUUCCAUUUAGAUUCAGACUCAGGUGAAAUAACUCUUGUUGGGAACGUGGACUUUGAGGAGACUCCAUUUCAUGAAAUGGAGGUCCAAGUCCAAGAUGGCGGAGGACUGUUGGACAGUGCAACCCUCAUGAUAAUUAUUACUGAUGUAAAUGAUAAUGCACCAGAACUAGCAAUAACUUCUGUUAUCCACUCUGUCGCUGAAGAUUCUCCAGCAGGGACAUCUGUAGCUCUUUUAAAUGUGCAAGAUAAAGACUCUGCAGAGAAUGCAGAAGUCACUUGCACUGUUCCAGACAACCUCCCCUUCCUACUGACAAAAUCUUAUGAUAGCUACUACAGUUUGGUCACAUCCAGAACUCUGGAUCGGGAACAGGUGGCAGCCUACAAUAUCACAGUGACAGCUGUGGACAGUGGGACUCCUCCACUUUCUUCAUCCACUGUUAUUGCCCUCAAGAUUUUAGACACCAACGACAAUCCUCCAUCCUUCCAGGAAACAGUUUAUACUGUUUAUAUAUUGGAAAAUAAUCCAAGAGGGGCCUCCAUAUUUUCCCUGAAGGCAGAUGAUCCAGACUGGGGGGAGAACUCCAGAAUAACAUAUUCUGUUGGUGAAGAAGACAUCAAAGUCUCCUCAGAUCUUUCCAUUAACUCAGAGACUGGGACUGUUUAUGCCCUGCGUUCCUUUGAUUAUGAAGAGUUCCGGCAAAUCAGCUUCCUGGUCAAGGCCCAAGAUGGAGGAUCCCCUUCACUCAGUUCCAGUAUUUCAGUGACUCUGUUCAUUCUGGAUCAGAAUGAUAAUACCCCAGAAAUCUUGUACCCUUCUGUCCCCAUCGAUGGCUCCACUGGAGUUGAGCUGGCCCCCCACUCUUCUGAGCCUGGAUAUCUGGUCACUAAGGUGGUGGCAGUGGAUGCAGACUCUGGCCAGAAUGCCUGGCUCUCCUAUCAACUACUCAAGGCCACAGAGCCAGGGCUCUUCUCCAUAGGACUCCACACUGGAGAGAUCAGGACAGCCCGCUUCUUUCUGGACAAGGAUGCUCUCAAGCAAAGCCUGGUGGUUUUAGUGAAGGACAAUGGGCAGCCCCCUCUGUCUGCCUCAGUCACGGUCACUGUGGUGCUGGCCGACAGCAUCCCUGAAAGCCUCUCUGAUAUUAGCAGCAUCUCAGCUCCUGCAGACCCCCAGUCGGACCUCACCUUCUACCUGGUGGUUGCUGUGGCUUUUGUCUCCUGCUUGUUUUUCACCUUCCUCCUUGUGUUGCUGGCACUCAGACUUCACAGAUGGAGGAAUUCUCAGCUAUGCGAUUCUGGUAGUGUGACUUUUACUGGAGUUCCAGUUUCACAGUUUAUGGGGAUUGAUGGAGUCCAAGCUUUUCUUCACUCCUACUGUCAUGACUUCUCUCUCACCACGGGGAAGAGCAAUUUUGGCUUUCCAAAGGGUAACUUGUCUAAUACUCUGCCCAGUCAACAGCCUUGUGAGAUGAAGGAUCCGUUUCUUCUGGCUGAAGAUAUUAACAGUAGUCAUGGGGAUUCAGCCACUACUCAGGUGAGCUGUGUCUGUCAAAUGUAA